GGUUAGACAUGAAGAAACCCAGCUUUGGCAUGAAAACGAACAUAAACUUUUGAGAUCUACUUACCAGGAGCGGAUGCAGGUUUCGGCCACAAAGCGAAACCAACUUUUUCAAGAGGAGAAACGGUUACAGAGAGAAAUUGAAGACCUCCGAGCAAGACUGACCAUGUUAGAAGCAAAAGAUCAACAGCUAAGAAGAGAAAUUGAAGAACAAGAUAGGCUUAUUCAGUCACAGGACUGUGAACUGACUGCUUUACUUGGCUGUGUUUCUUUGAGAGCGCUACAGGAAAUAAGCAAGGCUGUGGAUGACACUUUAGCAUCCUCCUAUCAAAUUCCAUUCAGUCUGGAUCUUCCAGGGACAAUAAAGAG